AUGUCUAAUGAUAACUUUGUGAGUUUGAAAUUAAAUUAAUUUCGAAAAUAAGUAAUUUAAAUUUCUCGUAGGCUAUAGACAUAGAUGACGAUCCAAAUCUUGAUCCAAAUGUAGACGAUCAGCAAAAUGAAUUGAGCACAUCAAGGUGUGCUCUUAUGAGUUUUGAAGAGGAACAACCUGUUAGUUUUGUAGCAUCAAUUAAAGAAUCUGUUAGAAGUUCGAAAAGAAAAAUGUGAGUUUUUGCAAAGUACAAAUGUUUCUUUCAAAAUCAAAUUAUUUUUCCAGUUCAUAUUAUACCUCAUUUAUAACUUCGCCAAUUAAAAAGUUGUUAUCAACUUUCAAACUACUUAUAAUAAUUGCUUUAUAUUCAUUCUUAGGUGCUCAUUUAUUUAUGUAUUAUGAAGUUUCGGCAGAUUUAGCUGCAAAAGAAGAAUCAUAUCAUCAAAGAAAAAUAGCUAGAGAAAAUAUGAUUUUAAAUCUUCGAGCAAUUUAUUAUGAUAAUCGUCAAGAUCAUGAAGAACGAUGGAAACAUGCGAUUCUUCGAUUUGAAAAUGAAUUAGAUCUAGAUGAACCUGUUAUUGAAACAGCUUGGACAUUUUGGAUGUCAUUUUUAUAUGCUGGAACUAUAUUCACAACAAUUGGCUAUGGCAAUAUUGCUUGUAAAACAACAUCUGGACAAGUUGCAACUAUGAUUUAUGCAUUUGCUGGCAUUCCAAUUAUGUUGGUUAUGUUGAAUUCGUUGAAUAAUUUUCUUCUAAAAUGGAUCAAAAUAAUUGCUAAUUAUACAAGUGACACGAUUUUGUAUUUAGGAAUUAAAUUCGGAAUUAUUACAAUAAGACAACACGAGAAAGAAAAGUUGAAAAGGUAUCGAGCUUAUCUCAAAAAAUAUCGACUGCAAAAAGUUGUGGUAAGUUAAAAUUCAACAAACUUCAGUAACACUGUGGUUUCAGUGGAUUUUUUUUAUUACCCUGACCAAAUUUUACAUUUCUAAAAAGAAUCAUAUUUCCAGAUGUCAAACUUGACCGAAAGUGGAAUUAAUAAUCAAGGAGAACAUGUUUCGAUUGAUAUGUUGAGUAAAGAUGAAGAAGAAGAUGAAGAUGAUGAGGAAAUACAACCAGAUCCACCUGUUAUUUCAACUAUUUUUGGUGAGGAAUUUUUAAAUUGUAUCGUUUUUGGAUGGGCAUCAAACUUACAUAAUUUUUGAAAUCGACUAUCUUAAUUUUAAAAAAAAAUCAAUUGAAAAAAAAAUAAACAUUUUUCCUCUUUCUCAAAUUGGGGCCAAUUUUUCUCAGAUUUAAGAGACGUUAUUUGUAAUUUCUCGAAAUACGAAGAACAAAAAAAAAGUGAUGAUCUUCGAUUUGGGUCUAUUUUUGGUAAAAUGAUGCCCCACGCCUAUAUAGUUGGAAAAUAAAGUGAAUUGGCGGAAAAAAAUUUUUUGAGGUCAGGGGAUUUUUUGAAAAAAUUUGGCCGAUCCGUAAAAUGGUUCAAAAUUCAUAUUUUUCGACGUUCAAAAAAGCAUUCUGCUCGUAAUUCAAUGAUCUUGCCAGUGGUAAAACGAUCCAUAAUUCAUUCUCUAAUUUGAAAUAAUUAUAUUUUUAAAAAGUGAAAAAAUGAUGAAAUUUCGGUUAAAAUCAUCAUUUUCAACCUUAGGGAGUCAAAAGCGCACUUUUUAACUGCGUGCAAUCGCUUCCUUUCGCAAUUUUAGCCCCGGGGGCGUAUGUUUAAAAAAAUUAAACGCGGAACCUUGACUUCAUCCAGAUCGGUGAAAAGCGCCCACUAAAACAUUUGUAGGUGCAUGUUGUGAAGAGAUCACUUGAAACGCUUGAAUUUGCUAAUCUAAGAGUCACAGGUUCAAUUCCCGGUGGCGGCUUUUUUAAAAAGUGGUUUUUUGUUCGAAAACCCAUUCAGAUAGAUACAAAUGUCAUGUCCUAAAGACAAUAUACUAAAGGAUACAAGAGAAUAAUACAGUGCAUUUUAUAAUAAUAGAUUUGCCUUCUAUAUUGAUAACAUUGUCUAAACCAUCAGUUAUUGAAGCAAACUGAGUCAAAAAUUGACACGUACGCACAAAAUCAGGCAGGUAAACUCAUUUUCAUAUGAAAUAACCAAAAAUAGAAAGAUAUCUGACCGAUGUUCAAAAAUUACAGAAAAUUUGGUGUUCAAUAGGAUCACGAUUUUUGUUUGCGAAAUAAAGAAUGUAAGCAAAAAUACAUUUGAAGUUAACAGGGCAUCAUUUGCUUUAAUUUCCGACAUAGACAUUUGAAUUUUCACGAUUUGAAGAUUUACCAUUAAGAUCAUCAUGCCAGUACAAAAAUGUGUUGUUUUCCAUUAUUUAUCGAUAUUUGAUCAUCUUCUUUUAUUACAAAAAAGGUGAAUCUCUCAUUUUGAAACACUAAUUUUUUUAAAUUUUUGAACAUCGGCCAGAUAUGUUUUUAUAUUUGGUUAUUUUAUAGGAAAAUGAGUUUACCUGCCUGAUUUUGUGCGUACGUGUCAAUUUUUGACUCAGUUUGCUUCAAUAACUGAUGGUUUAGACAAUGUUAUCAAUAUAGAAGGCAAAUCUAUUAUUAUAAAAUGCACUGUAUUAUUCUCUUGUAUCCUUUAGUAUAUUGUCUUUAGGACAUGACAUUUGUAUCUAUCUGAAUGGGUUUUCGAACAAAAAACCACUUUUUAAAAAAAGCCGCCACCGGGAAUUGAACCUGUGACUCUUAGAUUAGCAAAAUCAAGCGUUUCAAGUGAUCUCUUCAAGAUAUGCACCUACAAAUGUUUUAGUGGGCGCUUUUCAGCGACCUGGAUGAAGACGAGGUUCCGCGUUUAAUUUUUUUAAACAUACGUCCCCGGGGCUAAAAUUGCGAAAGGAAGCGAUUGCACGCAGUUAAAAAGUGCGCUUUUGACUCCCUAAGGUCGAAAAUGAUGAUUUUAACCGAAAUUUCAUCAUUUUUUCAAUUUUUAAAAAUAUAAUUAUUUCAGAUUAAAGAAUGAAUUAUGGAUCGUUUUACCACUGGAAAGAUCAUUGAAUUACGAGCAGAAUGCUUUUUUGAACGUCGAAAAAUAUGAAUUUUGAACCAUUUUACGGAUCGGCCAAAUUUUUUUCAAAAAAAAAUCCCCCCGACCUCAAAAAAUUUUUUUGCGCCAUUUCACUUUAUUUUCCAACUCUAUAGGCGUGGGGCAUCAUUUUACCAAAAAUAGACCCAAAUCGAAGAUCAUGACUUUUUUUUUGUUCUUCGUAUUUCGAGAAUUUUUGAGUUUUUACAAAUAACGUCUCUUAAACAUCCUCAAAAUAUGUUAAAAAUUACAUUUUUUCAGCGACAGUUGCUUGGAUCAUGUUAUCAGCAAUGAUUUUUUGUAUGUUUGAAGAUUGGUCAUUUUUCACGAGUUUCUAUUUUUGUUUUAUUUCUUUAACAACAAUUGGCUUGGGUGAUGUUACACCUGCAAAUCCCGAAUACAUGAUUGCAACCUUUGGAGUUGUCAUAAUUGGAUUAUCAAUGUUAACAGUUUGUAUUGAUGUUGUGAAAGAAAAAAUCGCAUUGAUGUAUAUGGCUAUUCUACAGAAGUUAUUGAAGGUAACAUUUUUACAAAAAUCUAGAUAAAAUUUAAGUUCAUAUAAUCUAUUAUUAUUGUAGGAUUAUAUGGAAGCAUUAGAAAAUGGAGAUCCAAAUGCUGCUUCAGCAAUGAUGGCAGGUUUUCAAGGAAAAGCUAAAUUCUUAAUGCCAUUAUUGAGUAAAAAUGAUGGAACAAAAGUGAUGAACAAAUUCAAACAAGAUUGUAGUAAAAAAGGAAUUGAUCCACCGCCAGUUCUUACAAAUAUAAAUCCAGAAACAGGAAUGCCAGCAUUUGCAACUGCACAAAGAGAAGAUUUUAAUGAUUAUAUUGAAGUUGCUGAAGAACUUGCAGCCGAAGAAAAAAAUCAAGUAAAUAUGUCAAAAUCAUCAAUUGAAGAUCUAUUAAAUUCGAGGAAAAAUUCGAUGAUGGUUCCAAAAAUGGCUUGGGAAAAUAAUAGCUCGAAAAGACAGAGUAUUAUAUCAGAAAUCGCAAAAAUAACAAUGGAUGAAGCAACUCAAACUAUUAUUAUGGAUAUAUUUGAUAUUGGAGUUCAAGCGAAAAUUGAGAAAACCACGUGUGAUUCUGAAACACAGUAUAUUGUUACUAGGUAAAUAAUUUGUGUUGUCCAUAAUGUGACAAAAUAAUUCAUUUUCAGUUGUCAUACAAUUGGAAUUCAACCCGAAGUGUCAUCAAUUUAUCAUUAUAAUCCACUUUUUUCGGAUUCAAGUGAAUCUUGCUCGGAAAAUGAAGAUGAAUCUGAAACUAGUUCGGAAAAUGAAACCGAUAUUGAUAUGGAUUUCGAAACUGAACAAUAUUCGGAAAGAUCAAAAGCCUCACAAAAAUCACAAUCGGUCAAAAAUUCUCCUAUUCACUCUGAUCUUUCUAAAGAAUUAGUUGCUGAUGAGAUAAUUUUAGAACAGAAUAUUCUGGUUGGAAAAUCUGAAGAUUUAUCCUCUCAAAAUGACCAACAAAAAUCUGACAUUGCAAUUCGUGAAAAAAUAAUAAAGCCUGAAAGAAAAACAAAGAAAAGGAAAAAGAUCAAGAAACAUGCUUCAACAGUUUUACGAUUUUUAAAAAACAGUGGAAUGCAAACUGAAGUGUUCAAAACAAAUGAAGAAUCAACACAAUAUGAAGAGAUCGAAAAAUCAAACAGGAGAUGUCAAACAAAAAUGUCGAGUAUUCCAAAAGGAAUGAUGGAAAAAAGAAAAAGAAAUUUGACAAUUGAUAAAGGAAAUAACAGAAAUUAUAUUUUGGAGCAGAAAAUUGGAGAACAAUCUUUGGAAAAUAUUGAAGAAAAUGGAGAAAUUAUUAAUGAAGUGAGUUGAAAACUAAAAUGGUUCAUAAAACCUCAUUCAAACUUUUGAAAUUUGAAUUUUAGGUAAACCUUGAUGUCCAUCUAAUUUCUCUUGGUGUUGAUGAAGUUGGACACGUUGUUGAUGUUCCAUUUGCAAAAGAAUCAAUUGAUCGUGAAAUAUCAAGUAUUUCUUCAAUAACAUUGUCUUCGGAUGAUGAAGAUUUCGAUGAAAUUGAAUUUCUUUUUAAAAACUCAUCAAUGCAAACUGAGGAUUUAGAAACUUGUGACAAAGAAUCACAUGCCACGCCAAUAUCUAUGAAUAUGAUUUCUGAUUCUAUUACGCAGACAACUAUAAGGUACAUUUUCUAUAUUUAAAACUUAAAUUGGUUAUCUUUUUUAGUACUUUCCGCCGGCCUUCGAAAAAGUUAUUAGCUGAAACUUCGGAAAAAAUGGCUGAACCUGAAAAUAACGAGAAGAAAGACGAAAUACAUUAUAUGGAAGAAAUUGGAGUACAAACAAGACAAACAUCAUUUUACAAUAAAAAAGAAACAAGUUUUGAUAAAACAGAAAAAAAUAAAGAAACAAUGGAAGAGAGUACUGUAGAAGAAUCUGAAAUUCCAUUAUUUUUGACUGAUAUUGAAACACAGGUAAGAAACAACUUAUUUGGAAUUUCCAAUGAAAAUUUUGUUGCAGACUUCACCUCGUAGCGAAAAUCAAUUCGGAACUCAAACAUUAAAACUCGAUGUGUCUGAAAUAGGACUACAAACUGAUUAUAUAUCUCCAAAAAUAGUUACUGAAAAUGAAAAGCAAGUUGAUCUACAAAAUGUUGAUAUUCAAACAGACUUCCAAAAUUCGUGUGUUGAUCAAUCAGAGCAAACUGACAUUCCAAAUGAAAAACUUAUACUAAUGGACCAAUCAAAUCAAGCUGAUCUCAAAAAUAGCCAGAUAGAUAUUCAUGUGCAAACCGAAUUGGAAACUAAAAUUAAUUUUGGACUUCAAGUUUCACUUGGAAAAGAAUGUGAAGAUCGAGGAAAUCAAGUGAAUAUGAAACCAAACAUCGAAGAUAAACAAGAACAAACUGAAACUUUCGAAUCUAAAGUGGAGGUUAAAGAUUUCGAAAGCCAGGCUGAAAUUUGUCUGAAACCAGAUGUUUCAGAUAAAUCUUAUCAAACUGAAAUUGUCGAACAGAAAAAAGAUAUCCGAGACUUUGAAAUUCAAACUGAAUUUGAAUGCUCAACAAAAUCAGAACAGACAGAAUCCGUCGAAGUCGCAAAUUCUGGAGUUCAGGUUGAAAUCAAAUGUGAAAUAUCUAUGGAAGAUCAAAUAAUUCAAACAAAUCAUCUAGAAGUUCAAGAUUUUGAAGGGCAAAUUGAUAUAAAACCAGAUUGUUCGAAUAAAUCAGAACAGACAAACAUAUUGGAACAAAAAGAUUCAGAAGUUCAAGUUCAAGUUACAACAUCGGUGGAAAAUCAAAGCCAAACAGAAAAUCCAGAUUUUGUUGACUCAAAUAUUCAGGUGCGAAUUGAAAUACAAAAAUCAGUGGAAGAUCGAAUAAACCAAACAGAACAGGUUGAAGUUCAGAAUUUGCAAAUUCAAACUGAAGUUCAGGUUGGUGAAUUUUCAAAAAUUAUUGUAAAUUUGGAAAAUUUCAGGCGCUUAAAUCGAGUUCUCAACAGACUGAAUGGGAUGAUCCACAAAAACAAGAUGCUGAAAAUCAAGCGGGUUCAGGUCAUUGCAUAGUUGCUUCUUGUGCAACUCAGCAUGAAUUUGAAGAAUAUCAGGCUGAUAAAUAUUGUCAAGCUGAAGUUCAAACAAAAAACAAACGAUGUCAGGUAAAAAUCGAGUGUUUUUGAUGAAUUUAGUUUAAAAAAUAAUCAAUUUAAAAAAUUCCAAUUGAAAAUCCCUUGAACCAUUAAUUCAGAACGACGAAGAUUUUUUUGCUGAAGAAGAAAAAACAGAAUCUCCAAGUCCACCAAUAAAUUUCGGAUCUCUUGCAACUGGACCACUUUGGAGUGAUUUCGAUUAUAUUCACGAAGAUGAAGAAGUUAUCGAAGGUGAACAUGAAACUGAAGAUGAAAAUCAAACUGAAACUGGAAUUGUAAUCAAAUCUGAAGUCACAACCAAAACAGAGAAAUGGCUAACUGUUCCCAAGAAUGAAUCAGAAAAAAUGGCAAAGAAAAUUCUAACAGUGUCUGGAACACAAUCUGAACCCAAGGAUUUAUCGCAUGCUCUCAUUCAGACAAUUUCUAACCCAACAACUUCGAGCACAGUUCAAGCUGUUGCUGAAACUUGUGAUAUGUCAUCUGGUUUGAUUGGAAAUGAUGAUUGGCUUCAGGUUAUUUUUAUCAGCAUGAUAUUUUUCUGUCACUAAUAUUUCACUUUUUCUAGCCCUAAACACAAAUAUUUCAACAACUUCUAUAUUCUAUCUUUUUUCGUCAACUUCUCGGUUCGAUACCAAAACUUUUAAACUUGAUUGUUUCAAAUCAGUUUUUUUAAGGUUUAUGUUCAAGAAUUAGACGAAGAAAGAAGAUUGAGAAUGUCAGAUAUUGGAAUACAAACUGGUGUUUUGGCGCGAGUUCAACAUAUGUACACAAGACCAAUUUCAGAUGAUGUAGAGGUUCGUUUAACUUCAAAAUAAAAAAAUAUCAAUUGAGAUACUAUUAAAGGGCACAUCACUGACACCAAUAACACUUCGAAAAUCUUCGGAAUCAUCAGAACCUUCUGGAAAUAACUUGGAAGGGUAGAUUAUUCAUCAGAUAUUUACUUAACAUAAUCAAAUAUUUUGCAGAAGUCAGGAAAGUUUACUAGUUUCAACUGCAACUGCACGUUCUGCGGAAGAUCCGGGAACACCUUCAACAUCAUUACAAAGAAAAUCUUCAAAUCCACAAAUUCGUCGAACAAAAUCAUUGAAAAAAGUUAGAUUAACAGGAGAUCCGCGGAAAACUAAAUCGGAGGCUACGUCAAAUAUUGUGAGUUAACUGCUUUUAGUUUCAAAAUCUGUUUUUUCUUGGUUUCAGGUAAACGAUUUGCGCGCCAAAUUUGAAGGAGGUCCAAAACUCGAAUAA